AGCGGAGAACGUGGUCAAAUGCUAACCACAGCGAGGACAACUGGGACACAAAAACAAACUUACAUUCUCGAUCAUUCGAUCAAUAGAUGGACUUUGUUAUUAAGAUGAAAUUACUUUACGUUCUCAUUGGACUUUCUAUUACAAAUUACACUUUGGGAAGGAGUACGCUGAAACACCUACAUCAAAACCGCCAGCGAGAAGUUCAGCAUAAAGUAAAAGACGAAAGGAUCUACGAGGGCGACAUAUUUUUGGAUCGAAGCACUCAGUCCUUACUUCAGAGUCUGCGAAGGCGGCCAGUCCGGAGUGCCAUUUCAUCACCAAACAAAAAGUGGUCAUCAAAUGUUAUACCUUACACCUUUGGGGGCGUUAGCUCGCGAGUGAGGGAAGCUGUGGAACUUGCAAUCAGAGACAUUGAAGAGCACACGUGUAUCAGAUUUGUUACAAGGAAAAACGAAGAAGAUUACAUAUAUAUUGUGUCACGUGGAAAAUAUUGCUGGUCUUCGAUCGGACGCAGCGGCGGCAAACAGCGAUUAUCUUUAGGAAAAGGUUGUGAGCGAAAGGGAACCGCUAUACACGAGUUUAUGCACGCACUGGGUUUCUUUCAUGAACAGUCCCGCCUGGACAGAGAUAAAUAUGUCACAAUAUACUGGAACAAUAUUGAGAAAGAUCAGCAAUUUAACUUUCAAAAAUACAGUCAUGGAGACGCAGAUCCCUUGGACCUUCCUUACGAUUAUGGAUCCGUAAUGCACUAUCGAAAAUAUGCCUUCACUGGGAAUGGAUUUCCGACGGUCGUUCCAAAGGACAAGUGGGCUACCAUUGGUCAAAGGAAGGGCCUUAGUGAAAUAGACAUCAAGAAGAUCAAUAAAUUUUAUAACUGCUCCGCGUACACCACAGCAAGUCCAACACCAAAAGCCACAGCCAAACCAACAGACCCUCCCAUCCGGCGCCAUUGCAGGAACAGGAACAUGUACUGCCAAAGAUGGGCGUCAGUGGGUUACUGUUUUCACCGGAACAUAAGAUACAGGAAAUACAUGCAAAUCAGCUGCAGAAAAAGCUGUAACUUGUGCUAAGGUUGUGUGAUUCUGGCAGCUUUCAAUAAGAUUUAUCCAGUUGUCAUCCUUUUUGCAACUGUUCUGCAAAAAGGUGAUCUAACAUAUGUUACCUGAAAGCUGCUAACCACAAAUUCAUGGCACAAAUCGAGCACAGGAUUAUAUAUUAUAAAAACGGGAAAUUUGUUCAAUAUUUAUUAAAUAUAGUAUUCAGUUUACGAGUCACUAAAGUUUGAAAUCAGCCUACCUGAUUCAUUUCUUUGGGAGGACCAGGUAGAGACGUUGAUGGGGAACCAUUUAUUUGUAAUGGGCUUAAUCUA